AUGGAAAUUGAACCUAUAAUUAUUCCAAUUGAAGAAACUAAGAUAGAAGUUCAACCAAAACAACAACCACAAGAUGUAGAUGAUGAUGUAGAAAGUGAUGAUUAUGAUCAAAUUUUUCAAUCAGCUGAAUUUGGUCGUUGGAGAAAAAAUUCUCCUUAUUUAUAUAAUAUGUUAUUUUAUGAAUUACUUGAAUGUCCAUCACCAACUGUACAAUGGCUUGAUUAUCAUACAGUUAAAGGUGAUCCAAAAUGUGAUUAUUAUCGUUUACUUAUUGGUACACAAGGUGGACGUACACCAACUGAUUCUCGCAAUGAAUUAACGGUUGUCGAAGUACGUCUUCCAAUGCUUGAAUACGACUUUUCUAAACAACCCGAUCAAGGAUUUGAUGAAUUAACUGGAGAACAUGGUGGAUAUGAAAUGGGUGUUCGUGGAUCAAUGCAUCCAUAUGUACCUAUGUAUCAUGCGGGUGAUGUAAAUAAAGCACGUGCUAUGCCUCAAAAUACAUUUAAAAUUGCAAGUUUUUCAUCGACAAAUGAUAUUUUCUUAUUUGAUUACAGUAAACAUCCAAGUAAAUUAAAUCCUGAUGGAAUUUGUCGACCACAAGCUAUAUUACGUGGACAUACAGAUGAAGGCUUUGCAUUAUCAUGGCAUCCAAUGCAACAAGGCUUAUUAUUAAGUGGUGCUCAAGAUGGUAAAAUGUGUUUAUGGAAUUUAGAAAAAAUGCCAAAUAGUUCAGCGGCAACAGCAAUAACAACGACAACAACAGUUACUAAUGGAAUUGAAUGUAAUACAAUAAUUGAUCCAGUUGAAGUAUUUAAUUCAGAAAGAAAACUUGUUGAUGCUGUUCAUUGGCAUCCAAGUCAUCCAUCUGUAUUUGGUGCAGCUGCUGGUUCAGGUACUCUACUUAUAACUGAUCUUCGUGCAUCAUCAGGUACUGCUGCACUUGUUGAAUCAUUAUUUCCAUCAACAUCAUCAUCAUCAAAAUGUCUUCAAUUUCGUGUUAAAGUUCAUACAGCUGAUUGUAAUUGUUUAGCUUUUCAUCCAGUUAAUGAAUAUGCUAUAUUAACUGGUUCAGAUGAUGCAUCUAUUGCUCUAUGGGAUAUGAGAAAUUUAUCAAAAGAAAUUCGACGGUAUGAACAAGCUCAUCGUGAUGGUGUACUUCAAGUAGCAUGGAGUCCAAUAUCGCCAAGUAUAUUUGCAUCGAGUAGUGCUGAUCAACAUGUUUUUGUUUGGGAUCUUAAUUCAAACGAUGGAGUUAUAUUUGAUCAUAAAGGACAUGAUUCUCGUAUACCAGAUAUAAGUUGGCAUCCAACACGUCCUAUAAUUGCAUCAGUUGCUGAAGAUUCAUCAUUUCAGAUAUGGGAAGCAAAUGCUGUUGAAAAUGUUAUUAAUAGUAUUUAA